UAUUAUUAUCACGUGGCACAUUGACGUCACUUGUACUUCUCGCGUGUUUUCGGAACUCGGCUCUGUUCUCUUCAGAUCGCAUCCCGUCACACUUCCUGGUCACACACCUGAUACCAUCGGUUUUGCACCUGAUGUUGAUGAUGGACGUUGAUGAUGAUCCCUGUCUGCAGAGACUGAAGAGUCGUCUUGAACCUUACCCACAUUCCCUUCAGGUGGACCACAUGUUGUAUCUGACACAAAGAAAAUGUGAAGAUAAGCUUCAAACUCUUGAGACAGAAGACGCCAAACCUUGUGGUUAUGAGGAAGAAGUUCUGAAAAAGGACAAUUUCAUCUCACUUUUGUAUUUCCGAUUGGGUAGGGAAGAUGAAGCUUUUGAAAUCAAUUCCAAAAUUAGAACAGAUUAUCCAUCGAAUUUAACCGCUCUUAUCAAUUAUGUCUUUAUGAAAACGGUUUCUAAAAUUGAAGACGAUGUAGAGGCAGGGAUGAGAAAGUUACGUGAAAUGAAGGGCCGAGAAGAUUACCCACAUUUGCUGGUUUCUGCUAAAGCUGAGCAGGCUUACUGCAUGGCUAGAAUUGCGCCGUUUCUGUAUGUCAAAGCAACUGAUCUGUAUGAAGAGUGCAUCAACAUGGAACCUAACAAUUACCUUUGGAAGUUCGGAUGUGCACUGACAUACAGAAGAUGCCUGGGUGCACCUCAGAAUGUGAAGAACAUGACCCAAACUAGAGUUCAACAUUUCUGUGAAAAAGCUGUCGAAUAUUUAUCUGACAUCAUUCGCAGAUGCAAAACACAACGUCUCCUUGUAAAGGCGUGGGUAGAACUAGGCCAAUUGUAUCUUUCAUUUCAGAAUCCAGCCUAUCCCUUAACAAAUCAAAUUGUUGGGUCACUGAAUAUGCACGGUAUAUCAGUGACUGCAGAGCAAUGUUUUGAUACAGCCUUAGGGUUUGAGGAGACGCAAAGAGACGAGUUUGUCCUAAGCACAUGUGGAAAGUGUUUGCUUCAUGCCAGAUCCAACUGUAAUUAUAUCACUAAGCUACGGGAGUGUCAUACACUUCUAUCCAGAGCUUAUGACAUUCGACCAACUACAAUGAUAUGUGACACCUUGGCAAAGAUUUUGAUCAAAAUGACACCAACCCACAAAGAACAGGAUUAUAAACGUGAAAGGGGAAACCAAAGCAUCCCAAAAUGGCAAUAUAGAUCUUUUUUCGCAGAAAAGCCACGCGAGGAAGAGUCGCCUCGGAGGAAACGCCUUGAACAUGACAGCCAUCGAGACAAUGCUUCUAAAAUCUUUUAUUCCCCCGAAACAGUACAAACAUACACCGCUGGCCAUCCCCUACUGGAUGAGGCCAAAGGGUACCUGCAACAAUCAAUUGCUAUGAGUAAACAAAGUGACGCAAAUGCUAUCUAUACCUUGGGAUUGCUAUACAGGCGACUUGGUCAGAGUGAAGCUGCAGUGGAGCAGUUCAAGCUUGUUAUUUCUGAUCCAAGUAGAACACUCUUCUAUAAAACAUUAUGCUUUGAACAGAUUGGAUUCUGUCUGCUUGAAAUGAGUGAAAACAGCCAAUACAGUGAGAUACAGCAGCAGGCUUAUCGAGAGGAAAGCAAGCUGAUGAUGCUGAGUUCCAUAGAAAUGUCAGCAACACUUGUGGCUUCCACUCCCACCAUGGAAGCUGAUGACAUCACAUUUUCUAAAGCCGUUCCCGCUCUGAAGCAGCUUCUAACAAGUGAUCAUCAAGCUGGGCAUUCAACUAGGGACAUUGCACGACUGUGUGAUAUGGUUCAAAGAAACGGGGAUUCCUUGCUACAGCUUCAUCACAGCAACCACGAAAAUCCCUCGUUUCUUUGCAGAAUCAUUGAACGAAACAUGCAGCAAAGGGAAUUCCAAACUGCUCUCAUAUCGAUUAGAUUACUGAUGUGCACACAGGAAGGACAGAAGAUGGCAAAUCAGGACCUAGUGUAUCAAGUAUACCUUGGGAUUGUGAAACAUCUUCUACAUUCUGAAGAAACGGAAAUUAACACUAACAUCACCAGGUCCUGUUUCCAGAGUGCCUUUGCGUACAAGCACAGACUACCACCUGGCGAAACAAUACGGAUAUGGGAUGCGUAUGUUUUGGAUGACCCGGACCAGACUGAACCUGAGGCAGCUGCCGUCUGCUCAUGGUUGAAGAAUACAUGUGGGCUCUUUAUCACACGCAAUAAAGACGAGGUCGGGAAAGGAACAUUGGAGAUAGCCGCACAAAGAAACAUCAUGAAAAACAGCAGUUGUUUGCUGUUUGUGCUAGGAAGCAAAGACACAAAGAAACUAAAAGCGUUCAUGAAAUACGCUGCCAGUCUGACAACAAAAGACGGUAAACCAAAGAUCAUUGUUCCUGUUUGUACGGCUGUCCGUAAACUACCUUCCCCCUUAGCUGGUCGACAAGCUGUGAUGUUGUCUGGACGAAACAGAAAGGAAGAUCUUCUGGAAUGUUUCAUGACCAUGCUGGAAAUGGAAUACAGUUCAUUUGAAUGGAUUGCAUACAUCGACACGCGCAGUCGGCGGCCAGAAGGUCGAAGAAUAUACAAGGAUAAGAUGGAUGAAGAUCGACUAAAGGAUUUCCCAAACAGCUUCCAGCUGGAGGAGUUCGUAUCACUCCGUCAACGAAGAUGCAGAGCUGCUAUCGAGAACUGCCCAAGAGAAACGUUUGACUCGAGGUUUGAGGAAAUCAGAAAUGAAAAUUUCCUAACACUUCUCCUGUUUAAGUUAGAGAGACAGGAUGCAAUGCAACAGUUCAGGAAACUGAUACAAAAAGACCAACCUUAUGCUUUACCUUUCGAAAAGGCUAAUGCCUAUGAACAACUUGGCCUGUGCUAUCGUGAAAUGAGCGCGGAUCAUGCACAUUCAGAGCAGGACAUGAACCGUUUUAAGACAGAAUGUCGACGAAUGUUGACGAAGGCGAUCGAAGAAGCUGCAAAAGCUGUGAUUGAGGUGCCAGGUAUGCAAUGUUCAAAUGUAUUUGAAUCAUGGCAGUCUCUACCAACACUGGAGGAACUACUUCUCUCUAACUGGGUUGAUGAUUCAGAGAACAUUUACAGUAUGAAGGAAGUGGCAAGGCUUCGAGGAUUAAUGCGCAAGCAUAGGUCUUCAUUGGACAUGUAUAGUAAGAUGAUGACACUAUACCCUGGUCAUGAAUGUAACAUAGAGGCGCUGGAAGGUAUUAUCACAAAUUACCUUAAUCUGCACGAUUUUGAGAAUGUUCUUCCAACUGUUUAUGUCCUACAGAGCACUUACUUGAACACUGAUAUUUCAACAAGGAGGGAAUUUUGCGUAAAUGUGUUCCUAAAAUGUGGUCUGUACUUUCUAGAGCAUAAUCAACCAGAAUCGUUCAAAGAAUGUUUUCAAAAUAGUUUUAAGACUGCUUAUCCAGUCUGUUUGGGCCAAGAAUGUUUUGAUGUCAUGAUUCUAGCCGACUUUAAAAGUGAUUGUUCAGACACAGAACAAUUGAAGAGUUGUCUGGAACAUUUGGGACUACGUGCUACUAGAAAUGACGAUGCUGUAGCCGCAGGGUCGCUGGAGAUAUCGGGAAUUACCUCCAUCAUGGAAAACAGUCGCACCCUCAUCAUUUACAUCAAGGAGACUCUGUCUCACACAUUGUCUUUCUACUGUGAAAUUGCAAUGAACUUGGCAAGAGAUAACACCAAUAACAUUUGCCUGCGUAACAUUGUGAUUGUUACUGAUGAUUCUGCAUGUGUGCCUAGCUGGUUGAACACAUUUAAAUGCAUUGAGUACAGACGAAUAGAAGACGGAGAACCUCAAUCGUCUGAAGACCAAAAGUGGAUUCGUGGCCUCUGUUCAAAUUUACUGAAUGCCAAAGAUCAAAGACAUUAAAAUUGUACAUAUUUAGUAUUACCUAUUUGUAUAUGUUGAUAAUGAUAAAAACAUGUAUAUGUGUAUGUUUUGUGAAACCAAGUCUGCCUUCCUCCACUGUGAUGGCCCGUUCGUUUGUAUAUGCAUUUGGAUACACAACACCAAUAAACUUGAUAGGAGA